UUUUAUAGACAUCUGUUCGGUAUUCAAGCAUAGGCUCAACAACAGUAUUCGUUUGAAGUUUAAUUUAGAUGGUCUUUUCUGAACCCUUGGAAAAACAAUUCCGUGUUUGGGUUGAAAUUCAGGUUUACAAAUUCAUUCUGCUUGUUACCAUCCAUUUUGUGUAUCUGGUCUUAAAUUUCCUUCAACAUUUUCAUUCCAUUAAAUCUUUUGGAACGAAAAGCAUCAGUAUCAGAUAGUAGGUAAUACAAAACCUUUAGGGAAGAAAUCAUCCCUGCUACUAGAGAUGCCAUUACAUGCAUUAGUCCUGGGACUGGCCUAGUUGGCAGCAUAAUAUCAAACCCAUGCUGUUUCUUCCAGACAAGGAAGAAGAUUCAAUUGCUUGAAGCAUCUCGUAUACAACAGACGCACAGCUUCUCUCCCUCAGACCCUGCCCAAGCAUCACCAUUAUUGAUGUCAGGGACAACGAGCAAAUAGCUGGGUGGCUGCACCAUGCCAGUGAGACCUUCACUGAUAAGAUCUCUGAUCUGAUUCAAAAUGUCCAAGGAAAAGAUACCCUUGUUUCCCAUUGCACUCAGAGCCAGGUUUUACUCUCGCUUUUGCUUCUACUGGGUUUCAAUAUUUUUUUUUAUCUUUGCUUAAUUUGAUUAUGUCCAAUUCUUCAUUCUAUUACUACUUAGAAUCCCAUGAGGGAGGAAAGAUAUAAUCUCUAUAAUUAAGAGAUAAAAAGAGUGAGUAAUUUUUUAGUUUUAGAUCGGCAGAAUGAAAUUUUGUCCAAAAAAUAAGUAUUAGAGGUGCUCAAACAUGAUACAACAGGAAGCCUCUAGUGAUGAAUGGAAAACCUAAGCACCCAAACUAACUUUAGAGAGGAAUUCAUGAUAGGGCAUUAAAGGGUUAGCAGAAUGUAAUGUUCAACGUCAAAAUUGCUAGUUUAGUGACAAUUGAGUUGGUUCUGAUGAUAUAAAAUGCUUGCUCUUUGUACUGAGCAUUUUUUUUUUUCCAGUCAUAAGGAGAUCUCUUUUCAACCCCUUUCUUGCUCAGCGAUGAAUCCGUGGCCUGACUUGUGCAAGGAGGUUUACCAGUUAUCUAGAGAUGAAGGAAACACUGGAUAGAAAGUGUUUUGGUGUUGGAGUGCGGCUUCAGUGGCUGGGAGGCUUCCGGUAGACCUGUUUAUCACCGCAAUGUUCCUUGUAAGGGCGAGAUUACACAAUGAUCAAGUGAAAAUUCUUCUUGGAUGAAUGGGAAAUGUAUUUGCCAUGUUACUAACAACCAUAUAUCCAAAAUCAUAAUAUUUGCUUGGGAUAGAAGAUGUAUAUUGUCACUUAUCUUAAUACUUUUCGAUACAUACACCUACCUUGAUUUGUUAAAUG